ACAGUAGUACACGUACCGCCAAAAAGCCCUAAGUCUUCUCACAGAGACUCUCUCUCUCUCUCUAUCUCUCUCCUCUUUUCUUUUUCUUCUCUUUUCAGCUCCCUUCAUUUCAAAUCAAUUCGAUCUCGAGCUUUAGGGUUUCGAAUUUUCUCUUUCUAUCUCUCUCUCUCAAUAUCUAUCCAUGUCCAAGAGGGUUCUCUGCAAGUUCUUUGCUCAUGGGGCGUGUCUGAAAGGGGAGCAUUGUGAGUUUUCACAUGAUUGGAAGGAUCCUCCACAUAACAUUUGCACCUAUUAUCAGAAAGGACUUUGUGCAUAUGGUAGUCGUUGCAGAUACGAACAUGUUAAAGCUUCUCGAAGCCAUUCUUCUGCUUCAUCUUCAUCAACAAAUACACGCCAAUCUCUCGUUUCAGAUAUUGUUCCUCCGGGUAAUAGUACUAGAUCUGUAUUAGGUGGUCUGACGCCUGUCCCAGGAAGUCCUAUGGAGCUAUCUGCUUCAAGUAGACCUUUCAUUCCUCCUACUAAACCUGCCUGGAAUCAAGAGUAUGGGCACCACGAUUCUCUAGAUGACUGGGAUAUUGGGGAAGCUAGCAGUAUUAGACCAUCUGACCAUCCCAUCUGUUCAUUUGCUGCUGCCGGUAAUUGUCCCCGAGGAGAAAAAUGCCCUCAUUUACAUGGUGACUUAUGUCCCACAUGUGGAAAACAUUGCUUGCAUCCUUUCAGACCUGAGGAAAGAGAGGAGCAUUUGAAAUCAUGUGAGAAAAAGCAAAAGCACUUGGAGGCAUUAAAACAUAGUCAAGAAAUAGAAUGCAGUGUUUGUCUAGAACGUGUUCUCUCGAAGCCCACGGCAGCAGAACGGAAGUUUGGGUUGCUGUCAGAAUGUGACCAUCCAUUCUGUAUAUCCUGCAUUAGGAAUUGGCGUAGUAGUUCUCCAACCUCUGGGAUGGAUGUCAAUAGUGCAUUGAGGGCAUGCCCAAUUUGUCGUAAGUUAUCAUACUUUGUUAUUCCAAGUGUCAUUUGGUAUUCUUCGAAGGAAGAGAAGCAGGACAUUGUUGAUAGCUACAAGGCAAAGCUCAAGUCCAUUGAUUGCAAGCACUUUGAUUUUGGGAAUGGAAACUGCCCAUUUGGGAGUAGUUGCUUUUAUAAGCAUAAGGUCAAGCCAGGCUCAUACACUUGGAGACAUCACAGGCCCCCUCCACGAAGGCCCCCUCCACGAAGAUCUGGUUUUGUGGAUGACCUGUUUGAUAUGUUCAACUCCAUAGAAGAAUUAACAGCCUCCGAGACAGCUCUCGACCCCAUGGAAGAAUUAACAUCCUUGGAGAUGGCUCUUUUAUUAAGGGAUCUGAUUCUGGAUACAUCUGACUCAUCAAGUGAUGAAGAAGAUUUUUAUAGCCCAUGAGCUACUAGACAUAGCCAGUUGUAAUCAUGUUGAUUGUCUGUGGGGAUUUUCUAAACAUUGCCCUGUUGGCAUUUUGUCAGCCUACUACUCUUUGCAUCAGCAGAAAGACUUGCUUGUAGUUUUUGAACUCUAUUAUGACAAGAUACUAUUAUUUAUAAUUGAUAUCUUGGUUCCCUGCUGGGGUUAGAUUGUUUCUGCUUGGGAUGAUUACUGGCAUUAUCCAAUGUUGAUGUCAAUAAGCCUGGAAGUGUAGGUUCUUUGGUAGAUAUUUGAUUGCUGGAGCACAUAAUAAUUUUAUGUUUGUCAUUAAUGGUGCUCAGUUUCCUUGGAUACUUUGUAAGCAAAGAACUUUCUUGUAGUUUGACAUGUACACUUCAAUUUCCUGUUUGAAGGUCUUCCUUUUACACA